AUGGGAGUCCCAGAGAUCGAGAAGACUACGGUCGCCGAAUCGCCUCGGAACAAGUCGCCCUCUUCCAUCGAUGCACGAGGGGUUCAACCUACCGUUGUGGAACUUGUCCAAGAAGAGCCGAAGCUCACAUGGCGGUCAUAUGUCUGGGAUACCUUGGACAAGUCGCCUGAGGAACGCAAGUUCAUGUUCAAGUUGGACGCUGUGAUUCUGACUUUUGCAAGUUUGGGAUACUUCAUCAAGAAUCUUGACCAGAUCAACAUCAACAAUGCCUUUGUGUCUGGCAUGAAAGAAGACAUGAAGCUCUUUGGCAACGAGCUCAACUACAUGCAAGCCUGCUGGACCGUCGGAUAUGUCAUUGGCGAAAUCCCCAGCAACAUCCUCCUCACCCGUGUCCGCCCAUCAAUCUGGAUUCCUGCCUGCGAAUGCACUUGGGCCAUCCUAACAAUCCUCAUGAUCAAAUGUACAAACGUCACACAGCUUUACGUCCUCCGUUUCUUCAUCGGUCUCGCCGAGAGUACAUUCUACCCGGGCAUGCAGUACAUCAUCGGAUGCUGGUACAGAAAAGACGAACUCGCCAAACGAUCCUGCCUCUUUCACUCCGCGGGCUCCAUUGGUUCUAUGUUCUCUGGAUACCUCAUGGCCGCUGUCUACAAUCUCAGUGGUGUCCACGGAUGGAAGGGCUGGCAGUGGCUCUUCAUCGUCGAUACUGUCAUUUCUCUGCCGAUUGCGAUUGCUGGAUUCUUCUUCCUGCCUGACGUGCCUGAGAUCACGAAAGCCUGGUGGCUGACCAAAGAUGAUGUCGCGCUUGCGCAGAAACGGAUGCAGCUUGAGGGGAGGGCGAACCGGCAGCCAUUUACAAAAGCCAAGAUCAAGAAGAUUUUCACGAGCUGGCAUAUCUAUGCCCUUACUACGUUGUACAUUUUCUUCAACAACGGAUGCGGAAUCCUGAGUCAACCUGCUUUCCAGCUGUGGUUGAAAGGAGAGGGAUACUCUGUCAAGGAGUACAACACUUACCCGACGAUUACUUCCGCUAUCACGAGAUGGCCGCCGAUAGUCUUCUCCGGAACACUCAACGUUGUGCUCUACUCGAUUUUGGCGGUGUGGAAUAUUUCCGAUUCCUGGAAAUGGGGGUGUUUCCUGCUGGUCGGGUUUGGUGGUGGCAUCAGCGGUUUGACAUUCGCGUGGGCCCAUGAGAUUUGCAAGGACGAUAACGAGGAGAGGGCGCUGGUGACGGGCUCGAUGAACCAGAUGGCGUACGUUUUCCAGGCAUGGUUGCCGCUGCUUAUCUGGCAGCAGGUCGAGGCACCUCGGUACCCGAAGGGUUACAUCACGAUGAUUUCCUUUGCCGUUGGUAUGGCGGGCACUUCGCUCUUGAUCAGGUUCUUGCAUCGGAGGGAAUUGGGGAAGAAACUGGCAGUACCGGCUGCUUGA